UCAUUGAACAGCUGUGGCCUCUAAACAUCGCAUUUUGAUUUGUUAUUUAAUACUUGCUAAACUGAACAAGUUGCUGUUUAUGUGAACUUUUAUCAGUUAAAAUACAAAAAAUAUGCAAGCUCUGAGGCACAAACGCAUUCUGCAUGGAUUUCAAUUCAACUGGUGCCGGCGACUGUUGACUCAGAGCUGCACGGGCAGCGGGCAAUUGGAGCUGACGCACGAGGUGAAACACCGCAUCGAAACGCACUGGAAAGAACAUACGAAUAAUGCGCACUUCGAUGCCAAGCAGGCCGCAAACAAAUACUAUGUGCUCUCCAUGUUCCCCUAUCCCUCGGGCAAUCUGCACAUGGGCCACGUGCGCGUCUACACGAUCAGCGAUGCAGUCGCUCGUUUCCAGCGCAUGUGCGGCAAGAACGUAUUCCAGCCCAUUGGCUGGGAUUCGUUUGGCCUGCCCGCGGAAAAUGCGGCCAACCAGCGCGGCGUGGCGCCAGCCGAUUGGACACAACAGAAUAUUGCACAAAUGAAGCAACAAUUGGAGCGCUUGGGCUGCUCCUUUGACUGGGCGCACGAGCUGUCCACCAGCAGUCCGCAGUAUUACAAGUGGACGCAGAGACUGUUUCUCAUGCUGCACAAGCACGGGCUAGCCUACCAGAACGAGGCGCUGGUCAACUGGGAUCCCGUUGAUAAAACUGUGUUGGCCGAUGAGCAGGUGGACGCCAAUGGCUGCUCCUGGCGUUCCGGCGCCAAAGUGGAAAAGAAACUGCUCAAACAAUGGUUCAUACGCACGACCGCAUUUGCCAAACAGCUGCUGGACGGCCUGGACGAUCCGCGGCUGCGCGACUGGCGCGAUAUCAUUAAUCUGCAGCGCCAUUGGAUUGGCGAGUGCAAUGGUUACGCCUUUACGCUGCCCACCUCCGCCUCGAAUCUGCUGCGCGUCUGGACUGCCAAUCCCGAGCAUCUGAAGGAUCCGCAUGCAUUCCUUGUACUCCGCAGCAAACACUUUCUAUCGCAAUUACCCGAUGCGGACCAGCUCAGCGUGGAGAAUCCCUUUGCGCACACCAUACUCCCGGUGGUGUUCAAUGACGAGGCCGCGUUUCCUGCACACUGUGAUGUUUACUUGGCAGCGCCCAGUUUCCGUGCCGAGGAUCGCGAGCUGUGGGACAGCCUCGGGCGGGCUUUCGGCAUUUCUAGUAAGGAUGAGGCCCACAUCAAUCCCGGCAACUGGGAGCAGCUGCGCAAGGAGGUGCUACAGGCGGCCAGUCGACUUAAUGUGGGCGGCUAUCGCGUCUCCUCCAAGCUGCAGGAUUGGCUCAUCUCACGCCAGCGCUACUGGGGCACGCCCAUACCCAUUGUGCACUGUCCCAAAUGUGGAGCUGUGCCCGUGCCGGAGCAGCAGCUGCCGGUUACUUUGCCGCCGCGCGAUUCUGGCAAGGAUGCGCUGCGCUGCGAAUGCCCCAAAUGUGGUGAGCCGCGGGCGCAACGCGAAACGGAUACCAUGGACACAUUUGUGGACAGCUCCUGGUACUAUCUGCGCUAUCUGGACGCGCACAAUGCGAAUGAGAUCUUCGAUGCCUCGCUGGUGCAGCAUUUCAUGCCCGUGGAUCUGUAUAUUGGCGGCAAGGAGCACGCCGUGCUGCAUCUGUACUACGCCCGCUUUAUGAAUCACUUUCUGCACAGCUGCGGCCUGUCGCCCACAACGGAGCCCUUCUCCCGCCUGCUCGUACAGGGCAUGGUCAUGGGUCGCUCGUAUCGGGUGAAGGGCAGCGGACGUUACGUCCGUGAGCCGGAAGUGGAGAUUGUAAAUGCCAAAAAGAAUCAGGCGCUGCUGAAGGCAACCCAAGAGCCGGUGGUCAUGAGCUGGGAAAAGAUGUCCAAGUCGAAACUGAAUGGCGUCGAGCCGGACGACAUGUUCGACGAGUACGGCACGGAUACGACGCGCCUGAUCAUCCUGGCCGAUAUGGCGCCCACUUCGCAUCGCAAUUGGUCUAGCGCCACUUUUCCGGGCAUACUUAACUGGCAGAAGCGCUUGUGGCUCACCGUGGAGGAGUUCCGUGCGGCACGCGAGGAGCCCUCAACGGACCAGGUGGACACGGGCAGCGAGGACUUUUUGGCCGAGGACGCCAAGCUCUUCGAUGCACGCAACUUUUAUGUGAAAGGCGCCACCUUCAACUAUCGCCAUGCGCAUCAGCUAAGCGUCGCCAUCUCCAAGAUGCAGGGUCUCACCAAUUCGCUGCGGCGUACUCCCAAGUAUAUUCAGCGGCAGGGCAAACAGUUUGAGCGCGCCUUGGCCGCACAGCUCAUCAUGCUGGCGCCGAUGGCGCCGCAUUUUGCCUCCGAGCUGUGGUCCAAGUUUGUAGCGGCGCCGGGUCGCCUGAAUGCCGCCAGCGAGGAGCUGCAGUGGACGCAGGAUGUGCUGGCACAGCGCUGGCCCGACGUGGACGCCGCAUACCAGCUCGAUCUGAGCAUCAAAGUCAACGGCUACGAGAACUGCGUCAUUAAGGUCGCGCGCCAUCAGCUGGACAAGGUCAGCCACAGCGAUGCCAUGGACAUUGCCUUCAACACGCACUCGGUCACUUCGUAUCUGAUUGACAAGAAGAUACGCACCACCAACUUUGUGCUCUACCCGGGCAUCGAGGCCAUACUCAACAUCUACGUCGACAAGCUGGCAAAGACGCAGAAACCGGCGAGCAGCAGCGAUGCGGACAAGCGGCAGGCCGAAUAGCCAAGCCACAACUAAUUGUUAAGCGAAGCCUAGUUUAUUGUUAUACGGAAAUUGCAUUUCCUUAAAGAAGUUAAGUCGAAGCUGAGUAGGUCAAGCUUGAGACCUUUAUGUAAGCCGAGGCGACUUUAUAUAUACUCUUGCAGAGGUUAAUAUAAAUUAGGUGUGAAGGGAAAAGUCAACUUCGAUUCUAUAAAGUAUAUAAAUUCCUAAUAAGAGCUAAAAGUUAUGUCUGAUUCCCUAUAAGAGUUAUUUACAUUUGUCCGUCUGCUUCUAUAAAAACAAAUCUUAACUUUAAAGCAUUUAUAUUUUUGUUGCAAGCAGCAUUAAAUUUGUAUAUUGACUCAAUCGAAAUACUAUAUAAUUUAGCUGCCAAGGGAAAUGUCGGCAAAAGAACACAGAUUUUGUAUGAAAUAUAUUUUUAUAACCUAGCAGGAGGUAAUCUAAUUUUUUCCCCAAAUGUGUAACGCCUAGAAGGAAACAUCUCCGACCCUAUAAAGUAUAUAUAUUCCUAAUCAGUAUCAACAGCCGAGUCGUCCGUCUGUCUAUUUAUAUGCAAGCUAGUCUCUCAGUUUUAAAGCUAUCGUUAGAAUCUUCGCAUACGUCCCUCGGGCUGAAACAGACCCUUCUUUCUCGUUUCCUUUCAAAGUAUACUAAAAUCAGCAAACCAAAGCAUCUUUAUGUAGCUACAGCUAGAUAUUAUAAGAGUCGGACUAUUAUAGUAUAUAGGAACAAUUUGUUAUAUAUCUGAUAGGCUAUUCAAUCUAUGGCAGCCCCAAUUAAAACGGUUCUUUCUUGUUAAAUUCUUAAA